CCGAUUCCUUUAACCUACUCUCCGACUCUCUCUAGUGACCAUUCCCAAGUCCCAAUCGCGAAUCUUCAAAGCCAGGUUAGAAUUCAUCUUCGGGUUUCCCUAAACCGGCUCCGAAUUUCUCAGUCCAUCUGACUCUUCAGAACUUAAAAAAUCACAACCCGCGAAUCGCAAGUGGGUCGGGUCAUUGAAAAAAUUGAAGCUUUUGUCUGCUUUCAGUCUCUCCGUGACGCAUCUGCUCUCGUUGACUCGAUUUUGCUCCUCCUCCUAUCUGACAAGUGACAACCCUCAGAACAAAUAAAAACUGAUGGGUGUGCUCGAUGUUCAGGGCCCUCCAUCGUCUUACAUUCUACGAAAGUCUCAACCUUUGAGGAGAAACAUCACUAGAGUUCAUUGUAAGAACUUAACAACCAUGGGAGACUCUUUUAUCCGUCCACACUUGAGACAACUAGCUGCUUAUCAGCCAAUCUUACCCUUUGAGGUCCUGUCUGCUCAAUUAGGAAGAAAGCCUGAGGAUAUCGUCAAGCUAGAUGCUAACGAGAACCCUUAUGGUCCUCCUCCUGAGGUUUUUGAAGCAUUAGGUAAUAUGAAGUUCCCUUACGUCUAUCCCGAUCCUCAAAGUCGUAGACUUCGUGAUGCACUUGCUCAAGACUCUGGUCUUGAGCCUGAGUACAUCCUUGUUGGUUGUGGCGCUGAUGAGCUAAUCGAUUUGAUCAUGAGAUGUGUGUUGGAUCCUGGGGAGAAGAUUGUAGACUGUCCUCCUACUUUCUCAAUGUAUGUGUUUGAUGCUGCUGUGAACGGAGCAGGUGUCAUUAAAGUUCCAAGGAACCCUGAUUUCAGCUUGAACGUAGACCGCAUUGCUGAAGUUGUUGAACUAGAGAAACCCAAAUGCAUCUUCCUAACUUCUCCAAACAAUCCAGAUGGAAGUAUCAUCAGUGAAAAGGAUCUGUUGAAGAUUCUAGACAUGCCAAUACUUGUUGUCCUUGAUGAGGCUUACAUAGAGUUCUCAGGAGUUGAAUCAAGGAUGCAAUGGGUGAAGAAGUAUGAGAACCUAAUCGUUCUCCGCACAUUUAGCAAACGAGCUGGUUUGGCCGGGCUUCGAGUUGGAUAUGGAGCGUUUCCACUGAGCAUAAUCGAGUACAUGUGGAGAGCUAAGCAACCAUACAACGUCUCUGUUGCAGGGGAAGUAGCAGCAUUGGCUGCACUCUCAAACGGGAAGAACUUAGAAGAUGUGAGAGACGCGUUGGUACGCGAAAGAGAGAGGCUUUUUCGGCUUUUGAAAGAAGUCCCUUUCUUGAAUCCUUACCCGAGCUACUCCAACUUCAUUCUCUGUGAGGUUACUUCUGGAAUGGAUGCAAAGAAGCUGAAAGAGGAUUUGGCUAAAAUGGGUGUGAUGGUGCGUCAUUACAAUAGUCAAGAGCUUAAAGGUUAUGUCAGAGUUUCUGCUGGAAAGCCUGAACAUACUGAUGCUCUCAUGGAUUGUCUUAAGCAGUUUUAUUGACUUCCUCAUUUGUUUGGAACUCAUUGAAACAAAACUAAAAACUAUUUUGACUUCUCUGUUUUUAUUUGUUUUCGCUUUGUUGGGUUCAAUCUUUCAGACCUCAGUUAAUGAGCUAUUUGCAAUAAGAGAAGCCUUUCUUGUGUACA